GACGGAGACGGCGCGGAGAAGGCGAAGUCGAACUAGAGCAGUACAGCGAUAACCGAAGGACAGAGAUGGCUGCGACACCGCCGCCGCCGCCGCAAGUGGCGGUCCACCCCGCCGUUCAGCCGCUGGCUUUUUUACUAGGCACAUGGAGAGGGCAAGGGGAGGGAAGUUUUCCGACAAUUUCACCUUUCAGAUACUCCGAGGAGCUUCAGUUCUCUCACUCUCCAAUCAAGCCAGUUAUAGCUUAUUCUUCCAAGACGUGGAAAUUGAGCAGCGGAGAGCCGAUGCAUUCCGAGAGUGGUUACUGGAGGCCUAAAUUGGAUGGAACUAUCGAAGUUGUUGUUGCUCAAAGCACUGGCCUCGUUGAAGUGCAGAAAGGGACAUACAAUGCUGAACAGAGAAGUGUGAAUCUAAAGAGUGAUCUUGUUGGGAAUGCUUCUAAGGUGAAAGAGAUACACCGGGCUUUUGAAAUGGUUGACGGAGAACUGGUUUAUGUCGUUGAAAUGGCUACCAAUCUCACUAGCCUGCAAACACACUUGAAGGCCAUCCUGAAAAAGGUAUGAUAUAUGUUUAUGUUCUUAUUCUGCGCAUUUUUAAUCGAAUAAAUUAUAUUGUCCCACUGCGCAUGCUGGAACAUCUUCAUGAACAUUCAUGGUGAUCCAAAUCAUAUAGAAUGCAGUUCUGUGGCUAUAGAGUUUGUUCUGAAAUAAAUAGGAUUCUGUUUACAUUA